AUGGGGUUGGUACCUGCGGUCGACAAUUUGGACCGCCUUGGUUACGAUAGACCUCUUUGUUCCGCCUUUGCCGAGAGAUACUACGGGGAAACGGAUACUUUAAAUCUUCCGUUUGAAGAAAUGACGAUAACUCCAAAUGAUGCGAAGUUCAUUACCGGGCUAAGCAUAGAAGGUAAAUCCGUGAAGCACAAAGGGUACGCGCAAGAGCUUGCGUGGGACAAGAUUUAUGCAUGGACCAAGGAAGUGUUCCAAUGGUAUGAGGAGAAGACCAAGAAGGAGAUGCUAGUAGGCAAGUCAAAGCAGAGGAUAUUCCAUCUCUCGAAGCUGAGGGAAAACUUCAUGGGAACAAAGAAUCUUCGUGCUCAGGGAAAAGAGCUAUUGCAACCAUUUGAUAAGAUGCAUGAAUACUCUUGGGGCACUGCCAUGCUUGCACACUCGUUGAAAGAGUUGAGAAAGGCUUCUAGGGCAUCCAGGAACCAACUCGGAGGGAAUAUGGAUUUUCUGCAGGCGUGGAUAUAUUUGCACUUCCAAAUAUUUACUAAAAGGGCUUUUGAGAACAAGAAAUGGGACGGAGAGCAUUAUGGAGACAAGUACAACUACAGAAGUAAGCCGAAGAAACAAAAAAGGGACUUUCUGAAUUUGAGACGCCAGUUAGACAACUUGACGACGAAGGAUAUUGUCUUUGAUCCUUACAAGCAGGAUUUGGCUAAAGGAAAAGGAAAGAAGGUUGGAUGCAGAGAUAAAAGUGAAUAUUGUGGGCCUUUGUUUCACCCAAGAGGAUAUGUAAUGUACAACCCGACGAGAGUUGCAAGACAAUGUGGUUACGUACAAAAAAUCCCAAAGGCGCACAAGAUGUUCAACAUCAAUUGGACAAAAACCAAAUCAUAUGAUAAUGAUAUUGUCAUUGUUCACAAGCCUUUACCAUCAUGUGAUUAUUAG